AUGCUUGCUUGGACAUGGCACAAGACUUCUCGCAUCAAGAGCAACCAAUUCCAUCCAAUCCUCGCUAGCCAUCGGGAUCGUAUAUAUUAUCAUAAUCAAACCAAAUAUUUAUCAAUUCCAGCCAAUCGCUCUUCCUAUUUUUGUUAUUCUUUUUUAAAUCAUGCCAUGAUGAAAACCACACAAUACCACACCAGCCAAUCCGCUCUCCACAAUUCUGAUGAAGAAUCCAAUGACGCUAUCGGAAAGUAUACAUUCAAAGUCAAUCAACAAGUAGAACAAUAUUUAAAACAAGCCAGACAAAAACAUCAAGAGCUCUCCAAUUCUGUCUACGCGGGCCAACCAACAAAACCCACACAAUUUGUAGAACUUAAAUUUCUCACAAAAGUUACAGAAUUAUCUGACAAAUUUGAAAAUUUGAAAACCCAAUUGGCACAACUCGAAGAAAUGAAACAAACAGAAAAAGAUCCUGAAUUGAAACAAAUGGCUCAAGAAGAUUAUCUGGAAACAGAAAAAGAAUUUUUGAAAAUUCAAAAUGAUUUAAUUGGAGUGUUAUUGAAUGCUCCUCAAGUAGAUGGCAAUGAUGUUCAAAUAUCCUCGAAUAAUAAUGCAAUUAUUGAAAUUAGGCCAGGAACUGGAGGUGAUGAAGCUUCUUUGUUUGCAAUGGAAUUAUUUAAAAUGUAUGAAAAGUAUGCCUUAGCUAAAGGUUGGAAAUUUGAAGUGUUGAGCUUGAGCGUAAACUGUGGAGGAGAAGGAUGCAGAGAAGGAAUUGCUCUCAUUUCAUCUUCGUCAUACGGUGGGGAUGAAGAUUCAUCCUUAGGUGUGUAUGGAAGUAUGAAAUUUGAAAGUGGUGUUCAUAGAGUUCAAAGAGUACCGGUCACAGAGUCACAAGGUAGAGUUCAUACAUCGUCUGCAUCAGUGGUUGUUUUGCCAGAGGUCACUGAAUCAGAUUUUAAGAUUAAUUUAUCAGAUGUAAAAAUUGAGACUAUGAGAGCGAGUGGAGCAGGUGGACAACAUGUUAACACAACAGACAGUGCCGUACGAUUGACUCACAUUCCAACGGGUACAACUGUGUAUAUUGCCGAUGAAAGAUCGCAACAUCGAAAUAAGGAGAAGGCCUUCAAAAUUUUGCACUCCCGGCUUUUCCAAAAACAACAAGACGAAAAGAUGCAGAAAAUGACAUCUGAACGAAAGGAACAGAUAGGCAGUGGAGAUCGAUCUGAAAAAAUUAGAACCUACAAUUUCCCUCAGGAUAGAAUAACAGAUCACAGGAUUUCUUUUACUCAAUAUGGUUUGGAUAAGAUGAUGGAUGGAGAAAUACUAGACUCGUUUGUUGAGCUACUCUCUAAGCAGCAGAAAAUUCAACAAUUCACAGCCAUGUUUGAAAAACAAGAUACAUUCCAGUCGAAACCCGGUAAGAAGAAAUAA